AUGAAUGUAACAGGAGAAGCUGAAUUUGUCCUUCUGGGUCUAACGGAUUAUCCUGACCUGCAGGUGCCAUUAUUCAUUUUCUUUCUGUUGCUUUAUAUAACAACAGUUGCUGGAAACAUGCUCAUUUUCACCAUAAUUUUGAUAGAUCCAUCACUUCACACACCAAUGUAUUUCUUUCUCAAGGUUUUGUCUUUUCUAGAUAUUUGUUAUUCUUCAGUUACUCUUCCCCAAAUGUUAGUAAAUUUCCUUUCAGUGGAGAAGAAGAUGUUGUUCAUUGCUUGUGCCACACAAAUGUUUUUCUUACUUUUCUUAGGAGCUUCAGAAUGUUUCCUCUUAGCAGCUAUGGCCUAUGACCGUUACGUAGCCAUAUGCAAACCACUCAGGUACAUGUCCAUCAUGAACAAUACAGUUUGCAUUUCUUUGACAGUUCUUUCAUGGUUCAUGGGGAACUUGGUCUCACUAGUUCAGACUACUUGGGUCUUCACUUUGCCAUUCUGUGGAUCAAAUAAAAUUGAUUAUUUUUUCUGUGAUAUCCCACCACUAAUUAAGCUUUUGUGCAUUGACACCUCUUUAUAUGAAAUCCAGCUCUUCACAGCUACCAUCCUAGUUAUUUUUACUCCUUUUUCCUUCAUCCUGGUGUCAUAUUUCUUGAUUAUUUCCAACAUCCUAAAUACGAAGUCAGCUGAGGGCCGUCGAAAAGCCUUUUCCACCUGCUCUUCUCACCUCAUGGUGGUAACCUUGUACUAUGGGAGUGGAAGCUUGAUUUAUCUAAGGCCAAAGUCUCUUCAUGCACAUGAUAGCAACAAAGUGUUGGCUUUGAUGUAUACUGUCAUCACGCCCAUGCUGAACCCAAUUAUCUACAGCCUAAGGAAUAAGGAGGUCAAUGGAGCAAUCCAAAGGAUGGUGAACAAGAUAUUUUUAAAAAAGAGAUAG